GUCGUCACCGGCCGCCCUCAGCAGAGAAAACCACGGCUGUUGCUCAGUCUGUUUGGUGUGGAAGAGACGGCCGUUUAUUCACAACAUUUACAGGAUUCUACCCCAACAAACAGUCACCGUUAGUGUUAAAUCCCAGCAUCUUUUCGGCCAGUAACUCACAGGACGAUGAAUGGUAAGUCUACGAACGGUUCGUUGGGGGGCAUGGCCUGUAUCGAGGGUCUUCCCCCGCUGCCGAAGAGCCUGAGCGGCUUGCUGAACUCCAGCGGCGGCUCCUGGAGAGACAUGGAGAGGAUGUACGUGAAGAAGACCAUGAUCCAGGACGACCUGAGCCGGGGCAGAAACGACAACCUGCUGUCACACAAGCCGGCCAACCUGGACGCUGCCCUGGCUCUCCUGCGGAAAGAAAUGGUGGGGCUCCGGCAGCAGGACAUGUCCCUGCUCUGCCAGCUGUGGUCCCUGCACGAGUCCAUCCAGGACUACAAGGGCAGCUGCCAGGACCUGAGCGCCGCCUCCAGCCUCAGCAUGAUGGAGAACGGAUACUUUGACGAGGACGACGAGGACUACCCGGAGCCUGGAGCCACGCCCACCGGAGAGAGGCCGGACGGAGAGCUGGGAGACGGGACGGGAAAGAAAGGGAGCGGCAUCGCAAAAGACGACAGCUGGGACUCUUUUCAUGUCAACAUCUGAGGCCUUUCUGGAUGGAUACAUGCUGUUUGGGGGGGAAAGACUUGAGGAGGAAGGAACUGGUUUGUUAGAGGUAGCAGCUUGUGGUAUUUUUUUACCAUAAUAGACUCCAUCUUAAGUCCAGCUCCUCUUCACGUGAAACACACCUCUGAUCUAUAAAGAUAUUUCGCAGCGUGACCAGGAUCUUCCCCAGACUGCAGAGCUCAGAGUUGCCGACACGUUCUCAAACUCAGGAGUUAAGAUAUUCCCAGACUCCUCAUACUCAAAAUUAGGCAAUAUAUAUGAUGUCUUCUUUAAAAAAAAAAACAGCUGCUUCUAUAUCACCAUCUGAGGCCUGGAUGGAUACAUGCUGUUUGGGGGGAAAGACUUGAGGAAGAAGGAACUGGUUUGUUAGAGGUAACAGCUUGUGUUUUUUUUGUUACCAUAAUAGACUCCAUCUUAAGUCCAGCUCCUCUCUGAUCUUCCCUGAGCUGAGAGUUGCCGACACGUCCUCAAACUCAGAGUUCAGAUGGAUUAUAUUCCCAGACUCCUCAUACUCCAAAUUAGGCAAUAUAUAUUAUUUCUUCUUUAAAAAAAACAAACAGCUGCUUCUGUAUCAAGUGCCAGCCAGUGACCCCCCCUUUUUGGCAGAACUUUUUUUACAUUUACAAAAUAUAUGAACAAAGUCGUAUUAUUUAUUAUAUAAUAUAAAUGACAAGAUAUUUCCUGUUUCUCUCUACGGAUGUUUUGUACUGCAACUCUACCCAGGUACAAGGACUACCAGAAACGGAGGCUUCAUAAAGGAACACAAAGGAUUCUGGACCCAAGCAGACGAUUGACUGUGUGUUACUUUAAGCGGUGAGGUCAAUAUUUACACAAAUCCAGAACAAAAGAGGUCAGGCGUGAAGAGCGGAGAAAGUCCUCAUACCUGCUCACAGUGUAAAGAUGAUUGAAACAGAAUGAGUUCAGGUUCAGGGCUCUGUGAAAUGUUCAAAAUGCUGGAGACGGUUGCAACCUGAACACAACUGAAGCUGUAGUGACGCAUUACGGACAACUUUGACGUGUCGUUGGUGUUAAAGGCCAGAUGGUUUUCAUCUAUGGGAAAUCGUCUAAUUAUACUGCACACAAACUAAAGGGUAAACUUACUUGGGUCUUGUUUUCAUAGUUCUCAUUCCUAUGAUAUGUUCUCAAAGUAUACUGCUCUUAGAUCUGGAAGGGAGAAAGGAAAUCAAAAACUGACGGAAAGUACUAUGAAAUGAAAGCUCACGUUGUAAUCAACAACAACAUAGCCACGUAGCAACUACUAACCAGCAUCGAUUUAAAAGAACUGGAUGAAAUGACUUAAUCGGCAAGUUUCCACAUAACCAGCUUUGAGAUGUUUAGACUUCUCGCAUCAUUUACACUUGCUAACAUUGUCUGUUUUAUUCAUCACUGUGACUGACGGAGAAGUGUAAGAACUUAAGUGAUUGUUCGACUCUGAAUGCUCAUAAUGUUGCACACGGUGUAGACACAAAGCUGUGUGUGUAUCAGCUGAACACAGGGUACUUUUAUAACUCUUCCGUAUCCCUAUAUAAACUGAACAUUGUUUAUGACGUGUCGGAGGGAUGUAAAGGGGGUUUUCUCAGUGUUUCAAUAACGCUUCGAUACUGCUCACUAACAAGAUUGUAAGUGUAUUCAACUGCCGUCUCUGACUGAAACACGCCUUUCUUUGGACUCUGUUUCUGUCCCGCACCAUCUAUCCAGCAACAAUGUUUGGAUGUGCAAAGAUUCUGCUGCACAUAUGGUCUUCCUUUCCUUUAUAUCUAAAAAGCAAAAGGUUUUAGCUGAACCUGUAGCAGGCAACACACAGCAGCUGUUGUAUCACUACUAAAUGACUGUGGAUAGUUUCAGUGUUAUUGUGUCUGUACAGAUCACCUGUGUGUGUGUGUGUGUGUGUGCCGGUGUAACACAAACCAAAGAAGGAACGGCACUCAAAAUGAAAUGUAUUUGGGUUAAAGUGCUAAAAAAGCUGAUAGUUAAUGCUCUUGAAUGACAUUUUAUUCAAAAAGUGAACAGUACAGUGUAUCGCAGUUAUCACACAGGUCAUCUCUGUCCUCCAGCAGUGACACUUCAUAUUUUACUGUGGUGAUAAUAUUGAUAUUUAAAAAAAAAAAAAAAAAAUGACAUUAUUCCCACGUUUUUUUUUUAUCGCUGACCGACGAGAAAGUCUCAGUUCUCACAUCUGUCUACACAGCUAGAGUGUAAAUCUAAAUGAUAGUGUACACACGCAUGAGUGCAUAGUGACCUACAGUAGUUAUCACACAGACAUUACAGCAGUCAUAUUAAAGGAUUAAACAUUUUAGGAAAUGUGUUUACUUGCUUUCUUGCAGAGUUAAAUAGCAACCAUACCGCCCUCAUAUCCUUGUGAUUAUGAAGCUGCUUAGCUGAUCAACUUACUAUAUUUCAGCUGUAUAAUUUGUACAAAAUACAUGAUUUAAAACAUGCUUUUGCUGUGCUGGACUGGAAGAAAGCAAAGCAUAUUUCCCCCUAAAACAUUCAUACAAAUCCUUCAACAGUUCAACAACUCCACCUCUUGCCCACUUCCAAACCUUGUGCUGUUAAUAUCCAUAAUGCAAGUUUCUAACAAUAACGAUACAUGCAAAAAAAAGGUCUUCAGUCAAAUACGAUGGUGCUUUCUCUCAUCUAAUAAGUUGGAUUGAAUGUUUGCCCGAUGUGUGAUAAAUCUGUAUCUGAAUGCUACUAAUAUUUCCAGUCAAAUUACCCAUUUGUAAUCGACGCAGUUAGAAAGUCUUCUGUACCAACUUGACCCCUGAUGAUUUCUUAUUGGAUGUCUACACAAUUAGUGCCUUUGCAAACCUUCAGACUGGAUGUUUGCUGUGUACCACGGGGACGAGAAUAAAUAAACUGUUGUAUCAUGUGA